AUGACGACCGAAGCGCAAGCUGCGCCGAGCAAUGCCUCGACUGGCGACACCGUUGUUUCUCAUGAGUUGAAUGAGAAACGUUCUUUGGAGGCUGUGGCGCCGGAGCAAAACCAUGAGAAUGUGGAGGAGAAAGCCGAAGCUGCACUUGAACCUGACUCGCCGACAUCCAUUGAUGCGCCAAAAGAAAAUGCUCAGUCUGGAGCUCCUCUCGAUCGCACUCCUUCGUCUGCGCAAAAAAUGGGCAACAAGAAGAUCAUUCUGGUGAUGGUAGCACUUUGUAUGGCACUAUUUCUCGCCGCUUUAGAUAUGACUAUCAUUUCAACCGCGUUAGUCACGAUCGCAGACAAUUUCCAUGCUACCGAAAGUGGAUACUCAUGGAUCGCCGCGUCCUACCUUCUCGCCAAUGCCGCCUGUAUUCCCUUGUGGGGCAAGAUUUCUGAUAUUUGGGGUCGCAAGCCGAUCAUCUUGAUGGCUAACGUCUUGUUCCUGGUCGGCAGUUUGAUCUGCGCCUUGGCGAAGAACUUGCCUAUGAUCAUUGCUGGUCGUGCGGUUCAGGGUAUUGGUGGUGGUGGCAUUAUCAUUCUGGCCAAUAUCAGUGUUUCUGAUUUGUUCAGUAUGCGUGAUCGGCCUAUGUACUAUGGCAUUUUCGGUGCUACGUGGGCUAUUGCGGGUGCACUGGGUCCUAUCGUUGGUGGUGCUUUUACGACCGAUGUCACUUGGAGAUGGUGCUUCUACGUGAACUUGCCCAUCGGUGGUGUUUCGCUUGUCAUCCUGUUUUUCUUCCUUCACAUUGAAUCCCCCAAGACCCCGUUGUUGGCUGGUUUGCGUACCGUUGACUGGAUUGGUACUUUCACCAUUAUUGGAGGUACCCUUAUGUUCCUCUUCGGUCUUGAAUUCGGCGGUGUCAACUACCCUUGGGCCUCUGCCACCGUCAUCUGCUUGAUCGUUUUUGGUAUCGUGGUCUGGGUCCUGGCUUUCCUCGCCGAGUGGAAAAUCGCCAAGUACCCCAUCAUCCCUACCCGUCUCUUCGGCGAAUGGUACAACGUCCUGAUUCUCCUGGUCUGCUUCUGUCACGGAUUCGUUUUCAUCUCUGGAACCUACUACCUUCCACUAUACUUCCAAACAGUCCUCAUGGCAUCCCCCAUCAUGAGUGGUGUCUACGUCCUGCCCUUGGUUCUCGCACUAUCAAUUGGCUCCGCAGCAACUGGUGUCGUUAUGAAGAAGACCGGUCGGUACCGUGAACUUAUCUCAGGAGGUCUCUUCUUGAUGACUCUCGGCUUUGGCCUGUUCAUCGACCUCAAGUCAUACGCAUCAUGGUCUCGCAUCAUCAUCUUCCAGCUUAUCGGCGGUAUCGGUAUUGGACCCAACUUCCAGGCUCCACUGGUCGCAUUCCAGGCUAACGUCCGCCCCGCCGAUAUGGCCAUUGCAACUGCAACCUUCGGCUUUGUCCGCCAACUUUCUACCUCUAUUUCCGUCGUCCUCGGCACGGUCGUCUACCAGAACGUCAUGGGUCAGCAAUCAGCUAAGCUGAUCGCUGCCGUUGGAGCUGAGAAGGCCGCGACAAUCUCAUCCUCAUUCUCUGGCUCUUCCAAGUCUCUCAUUGAGAGUCUGACCGACUCCCAGCGCGAAGUCGUGCUCGAGGCGUUCACCUUCGCUCUAAGCCGCAUGUGGAUCCUAUACACCUGCGUCGGAGGCAUUGGCUUUUUCCUGUCCCUUCUCAUCCGCCCGAAGGUGCUGAGCAAGUCUCACACUGUCCAAAAGACUGGUCUUGAUCAGCAGGAGCGCAACCGACAGGAUCUGAUUGACAUGCAGCGCAAGGCUCAGGGCAAGCCCGAGGAGGAGGCUUAA